UCGACUGGUUGUUUUGGCUGAGUGCGGGUGGGUUCAAAAACACGGUGCCAAUGCCAAUACGAAAUACUCCUUUGCACUCGUCUACGCCAUCCUUAACUAAUGCCCGCUCUAAGAUUAAUAGUGAUAGUCUUCUGCAUUUUCAUUGAUGUAUUGUCAUUAAUUGUUUCUGCUGUGGAUCCGUAUCAUUCAUGUCCUGGUGCAAACCCAUCGCAACCGUGUUCUGCCAGUUCAGUCUCUGCGCUCGAAAAAAUGCUGCCACGGAAGUACCUGCUGCAUGAUGUCAACCCUGGUGAGGGUUUCAACUUGAGAAGAGAUGUCUACAUGAGAGUUGCAAGGCUUGUAGCAGCACUUAAUGCAGAUUCUCAUCAUGAAAAAUGGACGCUGGUUUUGCCGCCGUGGGGUCCAUUAUACCAUUGGCACAGCAAAGAUAUAGGUUCACAAAGCAAGAUCAGAUGGGAAGAAUUUUUUGAUUUAAACAGCUUAGCUGGCUAUGUGCCUGUCAUGGAAUUUGAAGAUUACAUCCACAGCGUAGGAAGACUUAUUGACAAAAUAUUCUUCCUUCAACACUAUCCAAGCACAUUUACCUCGUCCAUGUGGGUUGAAAAAUACGAAGAAAGUCCAUGCCUUGAGGAAACUGGCUACUAUGAAGAGAGCGAUGGAGAAUACAGUGGCUGGUUUUGGGGCUAUUACGAUGUCACAAGCAAGGAAGUUGCUUGCCUUUAUGUCCAAGGGUCUGGCUCCACAUUGAAACCACUGCUUCAAGAGCACUCAAACCACACUGCCAUCAUGCUAGAUCGUGCUGAAGUUAUCCUCCAUGAUAAUUUCGGGGACCCAAUUUACUGGGAGAUAAGGCGAAGCAUGCGCUUCUCAAAGAGACUUCGUGAUGUGGCAGACAAGUUUCGCCGAGACAACCUGAACUCGGAUGAGGAAAGGGAUGGCACAGUGCUUGAGGAAGACUGGAAAGUUGUUGCCAACCGUACAAAGCAUGCCCUGGGUGGCCCAUAUCUCGCAGUUCAUCUCAGGCGCCAGGACUAUGUGAAGAGUCGUCCCAAAGAUGUCCCUGACCUCAAGUGGGCAGCAGAACAGAUCCAAGUGCUGCUUGAGAAGCAAGGCCUGAAGAAGGUGUUUGUUGCAACUGAUGCAGGCGAUGAAGAAUUCCAAGCACUGAAGACAUACCUCCCUGAAGCUGUACGGUUUGAGCCCAGCAAGGAACUUCGGAAAGAACUCAAAGAUGGUGGGCUUGCAAUUGUUGAUCAGUGGAUAGCAGCGCAUGCGAGGUACUUUGUGGGCAGCUAUGAGUCAACAUUUUCUUUUCGCAUUCAAGAGGAAAGAGAGAUAAUGAAUUUUGAUCCUGACACAACAUUCAAUAGGCUUUGUGGAAAUGGACAAAAGACAUGCACUCAGCCUACAAGAUGGAGAAUUGCAUAUCCUGACUGAUUAUCAUUCCAAGUAACAGCAUGCUGCCUUUGGAGGCAUUUGGUCUACAGCUACAUUCUUUGUUCAGAUGACAGCGUAUAGCCAAACCUCGAUAUAACGAACCUUGAUUUAACGAAAUUCGCAAUGUAACAAACUAUUUUCAUUUCCCAAUCUUAGUUGCAUUGAAAACCAUGUAUUUAUUUUCCGCGAUUUAAUGAAGUAAUUUCGUGGCACAGUUUCGAUCUAACGAAAUUUUCGGCCAUUUCAAUCAUGUACUUGAAGCCUCUAUGGUUAGUAAAUCUAGCAAAAAAGUAUGUCGGCCAAGGCAAAAGUUAUUGCAAGCGUCGUUUUGCAUGGAAAGUUUGAGCUACAAAACCGCUGUCAAAGCGCGUGCACCGGGACGCGGUAGGCAGGUAACACCGCUGCACCAUUUGUCACGUUGGUAAGUAACUCAGAUAAACACUAAGAGCUGACAAUUUGUUCUACAGAGAAGGGAUGGGGAGGCAGUGAACAUGCGGUAGUGUGAUCAAGCACGUGCUGGGGGGGGGGAGGGGGGGUGCAGGAAUGUGCUCCUAUCUGCCUUCUCCUCGCGUGUGUCCAUGCGCUGGAGGUAAUCUCUCCGCAGCAAGCCGAAAUGGAUGGUGCCUUCACUCGCAUUUUGUUGUUCCCGCGCGUCUAGUGUUGGCAGCCGCGUAAUCUCAUGUUUCCGAGGCUUGGUACGCAGCACUCGCUCGUGCUGUGUACGACUGUGAGUUCGCGGUAUCGAGUGAGAUCUGGUAAUGUUUGCCUGAGCGCGUGUGACACUGAUAAAAGUACGAACCUUACUUUGUGUAGUCUCUUUGCUAACGCCAUCAAUGCUCCACCUUUCUGGCGAAACUGACUUUUGUUUUUCUUUUUGGCUCAGGACCAAUAUUUGCAUCUUUCUACACUUUUUUUAAUUUGUGGGCACCGGCUGCGGCACUAAGCGCGGUCAGCUAUGGCAUCCAACAUUUACGGCGCCGCACAGCGCAACACACACAAAUCUCGGACGCUGUGAGCUACGUCGACGCAUUGCUGCCAAUGCGAUCAGAACUGUACCCGCUGGCACUCAUAGCUGAUUUAUUAUGGCCCGACCUUCUUGCAAUUUGUUUAUAAGUGCUUACUAACAAGAUAUUGUCCAACCGGAAUGCUCUGGGAAUUUGUGAAGUUGUUUUUAAUGCUGAAACUUUAAAACCUCGAAUUGACGAAAUUUGCCAUAUAACAAGUUUUUCGCUGCAAGUACAACUUCGUUAUAUCAAGGUUCGACUUAGUUGAACAUAGUGUCUACGUUUAUUUUGGCAGUAAUCUUUAGGCGAGGAGACAUGCUUGCAAUUAGCUAAUCGUUUACACUAAAAUAGGGGGAUAAAGAAGGUGUAGUUUGUUUUAUGUAGUGUUCUUUAAUAGCUCCAAUCACACUUCUAUAAAUUGUAAAACUAUAUCCUAAGAGAAAGCACGGGGCUGUGAGCAAACGGUCAAAGCUUGGCAUUGCACAGAGUACUGGCCAGGUGCUCUGUGGACAUCCAAGUGCACAUAAAGAACAAAGUAUGAGAUGUGGAUGUUUCGUAUAAUAAAUUGUGGUCUUUCAGAUAACUACUUAAUGUCAUUGCCCUCAAGGGUCGGGGGGAAAGGGGUCCUUAGGCCGAAAAAUUAUCAAAUGUUGAUUUUUGUUGCGCGGUUUAUUCCUGGGUGGUUCCCUCUGACGGGGCUCCACUGGCGAUCGCUUGUAUGUGACAGGGCUCCUUAUCUUGUAUGUGGCUAUUUCACUUGCAAUAUCAGUUCUAAAACAAAUAAGGCAAGUGAUUUUUUGCCUAUGUUGAUGAUAAAACAACACACAUGUAAUGACACUGCACUCACGUUUCAUGGCCUCAUGUGCUGCCAUUUUGAUCUGUGCUCCUGAAGCCUACUAAAAUUUUUUUUGUGUGUACAUGUGCAUAUUUCUGACUGUUCUUGAUUAUACGCGACAUUUGUUUGUUUUCUUCACUUUCCCAAAAUACUAAUUUUUGCACACCUAGGAAAUCUGUUACUGUGAUAUCUCAGUACAUUCGACUUCUGUUAAUUUGACCCAUGUGGCACCACAAUACUUUAUCAGCUAUCUGAAAGGUAAAAUUAACAAAUAGCAGCUAAAUGAACGAAUGUGAAUAACUCUUUUUUAUUGCUUUAAAUAGUUUUUAUUGUCAUUUUGUUUCUUGCUCUUGAAGCCUGACUAAACCCGCCUGAGGGGAACAGUGCCAACACAUUUAAACACUGGCUCAGUGUGAGGCGAUACAAAACAAGCGGCACAUUGCUUUACCAGUAAGAGGAGCGCUGGCCACAAAAAGAUUAAAAUAAAUGUAUAUAAAGCAGCUUCAUGCCUAGGGAAGCAGUAGUAUCGCCUGCUAAAUGUCUUGUUUUCAAGCUUGUAGUAACUACUGUACACCUGAGAGGGCACCGGUGUGGGUUGGUGUGGAUCAAAGUAAAUGAAGGGCAUGCUUUUGAGUUCUGCUUAAACAAUUAAACAAGCUUUCCUUCCACAGAAUGUAUGGUCUCUCGCUGAGAUGUUUCAGUGCAUUCCAAUUAAGUGAAAAGUCGAAUUUACUGAGGUCAAAUUAAUGGGAGUUGGCUCUGCCUAUUACAAAUAGAAGAAUAAUUCUCUUUGCAGCAUGAAGCUAGAUGUUCAAAGCAGACAAUCUAAGGAGCAUAUUUUCCAAACAUUUUGUCUUACAGUUUUUAAAAUUUAUCUUUUGUGUGGCCACUGCAGGUCCAUGCUCAAAACAGCAGGCUUCAUUGUGCUGUAAAAUAAGAAAUGACCCAAUCGUAGAAUUGCUUCCGUCAUUGUGUGCCUUACGCUUUCUAGUAUUUAUCCAUGUGCCAUUUGUAUGUUUUUGUACAGUGGUUAUUUGUCAGCUGUACUCAAAACAAAAGGGAAGGUUUUAAAAGUUGCCCAUGAAAUAAUGAAUCUAGAAAAAAAUCAUUGUAUUUUUAUAAUCAAAGAAGAAACUAAACAAGCCUGCGAACUUUUAUAAAGUUUAGUAAAAAAAAAAAAACAAAAGAAGAAAAGACAGCUUCCAAACGCUUGCCUGCCCUAUCACCAUCCCAUUGUCAUUCUCGGGGUGCCUUUGUCGGAUGCCUAAGUGCAUUGUGGAAAGAAAAAGCGAGAAAGGAGCAAUUUCAUUUCUUCACCGCACUACAUUUCAUCACAUGUUGAUCAUGUUGAUAAGUUAAGCAUUGACACAUUCAUUACUAAGUAAUAAUUUCAGUCAUUCGAGCCUCACAUUUUGCAAGAGUAGAACUGCUUUACCACCAAUAUUGUAACAAUGAACAUUUCCAUGAUGCGCUAGCUAGCAUUGUAUAAGCAGGAAUGCUGUUAAUAGACUCGUAAUCAAACGACGGUACUAAUAUAUUUUUGCAUUUGAUUUGUUUUACUUGCACUGUACCUUCCCUGAGCUUUGAAAGUAACUGAAAUAAAUAAAUAAGAAAAGAUCAG